CGAUGACAUGUUGUUUUUUUUUUUUUACGGCAAGGACGAUUUGUAGCUUAUGGUUCAUUUUCUCUAGUGUAAAAUCAAGGCAGACGCAUUAAAAGCUGUAUGACUGUGAGUGUCAAAUUACAGUUGAUGACAGCAGUUUAUUUAGCACGAGGCUGUUGGCUUCAAUUACCCAGAAUGCUUCGCUUGUUGCCGUCUGGCGAAGGAGUGACUGUGUAGAAUAGAACCAGCCAGCUACAUUUGACAUUCAUGAAGUUGUCGUUACUAUGCAUUUUUAUUGUAUGAAAUAAGACAAAGAGGGAAAGAAAAUAACAGGGGAAGGCGAACGCGGUUGUUGUCAAUACACCAGCAAUGCCUCUCUUCACGACCAACCCAUUUGACCAAGAUGUUGAGAAAGCAACCAGUGAGAUGAACACAGCUGAGGACUGGGGCCUCAUUCUGGACAUAUGUGAUAAGAUAGGGCAGUCACGCACUGGGCCUAAAGAAUGUCUCCGCUCCAUAAUGAGAAGAGUGAACCACAAGGAUCCCCAUGUGGCCAUGCAGGCACUGACUCUCCUUGGUGCUUGUGUCUCAAACUGUGGGAAGAUAUUCCACUUAGAGGUGUGCUCCAGAGAGUUUGCCAGUGAAGUCAGUAACGUCUUAAACAAGGGCCACCCCAAAGUGUGUGAGAAGCUGAAAGCCCUAAUGGUGGAGUGGGCAGAGGACUUCCGCAACGAUCCCCAACUCAGUCUGAUCUCAGCUAUGAUUAAGAAUCUACGUGAGCAGGGUGUCACUUUUCCAGCUGUAGGGUCCCAGGCUGCAGAGCAAGCAAAAGCAAGCCCUGCUUUGGUGGCGAAGGAUCCCUCCACCUCAACAAACAAAAAAGAAGAAGAAGACUUGGCCAAAGCUAUUGAGCUGUCAUUGAAGGAGCAACGUCAGCACCCGCAGGGCUCUCUGUCGAGCCUUUACCCGAGCACCACCAGCCUGCUCUCUUCACAAAAGUCCGACGGCAGGAAAGUCCGCGCCAUCUACGACUUUGAGGCCGCUGAGGACAAUGAGCUCACCUUCAAGUCAGGAGAAAUCAUCACUAUCCUGGACGAUAGUGACCCCAACUGGUGGAAAGGGGAAACAUACCAGGGAGUGGGGUUGUUCCCUUCUAACUUUGUCACAGCUGACCUCACUGCAGAGCCUGAGAUGAUGAAGACAGAGAAGAAGACAGUACAGUUCAGUGAGGACAUCCAGGUGGAGACCAUAGAGCCCGAACAAGAGCCUGUAUAUAUAGACGAGGACAAAAUGGACCAGCUACUGCAGAUGAUCCAGAGUGCAGAUCCCACAGACAACCAGUCAGACAGCAUUGAGUUACUACAGUUGGAAGGUGCCUGCAAUCAAAUGGGACCCCUCAUUGACCAGAAGUUGGAGGAUAUAGACAGGAAGCACUCAGAGCUGUCAGAGCUGAAUGUGAAGGUGAUGGAAGCUCUGUCUUUGUAUGCCAAGCUAAUGAAUGAAGAUCCAGUUUACGCCAUGUAUGCCAAGCUGCAGAGCCAACAGUACUACAUGCAGCAGCCUGCCAACGCAGCACAGGUCUACCCUGGUCAGCCUGCAUCGGGUUCGUAUGCCAUGAGUGGUCCUGCGAUGCAGGGUUACAGUGUUCCCAUGGAGCAGCUUCCAUCUGGAACCCCUAUACCUGGUCAGCCAGCUCCCAGUGACGUUCAUAUGUACAUGGGCCAGCCGCCAGUCUACACUGCAGCUCCAGGCAGCAUGGCCCCAGCAGACGUUCAGUGCUACCAGAACCCGGCUAGCGCCCCCGGCCCCGCCCCAGGCACGACUCACGCAGGCAUGACGCAGGCGCCAAACUACAGCACCCCCUCUGGCCCAAGCAUAGCACCUUCCUCAGACGCCUCACAUGCCCCCUACUCAGAGAAAGCCUUGCUAUAGGGCCCCCCAAGCUCACUGUAAUCCUCACGCAACCACAUACACAUGUACCAGACCUGAUCAAAUAGUGGUCGUAGAUGAUUUAUUUUAUUAUGUUUAAUAAUUUGUUUCAUCAUGAAACACCAGAUGGAUGAAAAACAAAAAGAACAGACUAACUUUGACAUUUGGCACUCUUAAAUAUAAAUAAAUAUACAGUUACGCUUCUCACUCCAGGUUUAGAAGUGAUCAUGAGGGUUUGAUUUUAAAGAGCUCACACCAAGGCACAGAUUUAUUUAAUUCAUAAUGUUUCCGCAUUUUCACUCUUCUUCUUCAUGUCUUUAUGACAUGACUCAGAUGUGAAGACAUGGAGGAGCUUUCAGUUGCACUUAUUAAAGUUUUGGUCAUCAUUCAAGCCUGAUCACUUCCAAAUCUAGAUCUGACAGCAAUAUAUGCAUUGUCCAUUUUUAUAUACGAAACCUGCCAUUUAGCUAUUGCUUUGUUUUUAUGAUAGAACUAUUGAAAAAUUGUGGUAAUGCUUUAUUUUAUGGGUCUGUAAUUUUUAAGUAAUUUCCUAGGAUGUGUCCUGGAAAGAACUACAUUAUUUGGUACCAAUUAUAGGGGAAAAGAGACAAAGUUCUUUUAGUUAGACUUUAGGAAUUUCUUUAAAAAGUCUAGAAAAUAUUUAAACCCAAGUAAAUAUUCAUUCAUUAGUCAUUUAUUAUUGGAAGCUUUAUUCUUCAUACUGUAUAUACAGUAUUUUUGGAUGUUCAGCUGACCUACUGUGUACUGACUUGAGACUUUUUAGGUUACACUAACAGUUAAUUUGAAUUAAUUACUUGGAAGUCAAUUGAACUGUUUAUCUACAUUAUUUUACCUAUAAUCAGUAUCAAAUUCCAUAGUUCCAAGAAAUUACAGACCUGUUAAAUACAGCACUACCAAAAUUGCUUUGAGAAAACAAGUGUAACUGUAGCCACUUCAACUUAACAACAAAAUAUAUAUGCAAUUACUAUUUGAUCAAGUGUGAAAUACACACAGGCAUUCCUUCACACCACCCCUCAACAUGCACCCUGGAGCUACACAGACACACACACACACACUACAGGCAGGUGUACAGCAGUGGACACUCACACAGUUGCACCAGUUGUUUCACACAUCCUCAGCAGUAUGUGAUUAUUUACGUUCACUCACACACUAACAUGGAGAGAAAUCCACAAUACGCCACAGCCUUGUCACCCAUUUAAAGGUCCAGUGUGUAGGAUUUAGCGACAUCUAGCGGUGAAAUUGCAGUUUGCAACCAUUUAAAUACCGCUCGCCUCACCCUCCCCUUCCAAGCGUGUAGGAAAAACUACGGUGGCUGCGAAAAACACAUAAGGCCCAAUCUAGAGCCAGUGAUGGGUUUGUCCGUUCUGGGCUACUGUAGAAACAAGGGCGCCCUCCGUGAUAGGGGAUCCCCUUCCUCUGUAGAUAAAAAAGGCUCAUUCUAAGGUAACAAAAACACAAUGAUUCUUAUUUUCAGGCGAUUAUACACUAAUGAAAACAUACUUAUAAAUAUUAUAUUCCAUUUCUGCCAAUAGUUCCUCCUAAAUGUUACAUACUGGACCUUUUAAAGCAACUGCUAAACAUGUCACAACAAAGGGGCAUCAACUUAUAUUUAUCUUUUUUUUUUUUAAAUCAGAAAAAAUACUUUUAUUGAUUCUGAAAACGUUAGGCUACUACAUUCUGUAUAUGUCGCCAACUUUUAGAAGUACUGAAAACUGAAGCCACUUUGUUUUUUGGAGGGAAAAGAAACCAGAGGAAAUUAAGCAUGCACAUGACUCUUGUAUAUACUGUACUGAACUAGAAGUGAAGCCACAUGAUGACCUCAUGGGUGGGCUGUAUGUUAGCACAGCUCCGGGUGUUUCUCUCAGCCUUAAAGGUGAACUCUGCAGUCACAAUGUCCCUGCUGAAUUAAAGGUGUAAAAGCCAAAGAGAACAAAGUGGAGAAAAAAUGCUCACAUGCCAGAAACCAAGAUAUUUUUCUUUCUUUUUUCUUUUCUUAACAUGAUCGACUCCUAACUUCAUGCUGCAGAGUUUUCCUUUUCAAAAUGAGCAGGUCUAGAUCCUUGUUAGUGGAUGUAGGGUUUGCUCUGUCUCCAUUCAGGGGCUGUACUAACAGACUCAUACCACAGACUUGGCUACCAAGGGGCAAACUCUCUGAACAGCCCCAGUGUCUUUAAAGCAUCUCUUUAGUCAGUGUUGAAAAAUGAAUACUAUGUUUUUUUGUAGUGCAUUUUAAUUUAUGUUUUGGUUAUUGUUAUGCUAUUUUAAAUUGAGAAGCAGUGCAGGAUGUAUGUAUUCAGAGAAAAGCGAAAUAUGUGAUAUUCUGCCUAACUUAGUUGUAUAUUUAAAUUGCUCACAUGAGAACAUGGCCAUUUCUCUCUGUGUUUGAUACAUGCUUAUUGUACUGUAGGGUCAAAUGGUAAUGUGAAAAACUGAUUGAAACCUCCCCGUGCAUUUCAAACCUCUCCUUUCUCAGAGCUGUCUAACACUAAACAAAUUCUACCUGAAGCUUAACUGAAGUAAGGUUUCUAUGAUUCUGGAAAGUACAGUCAGCAUUCGUAAACACCUCUUUCCCAAGGCCUCCCUCCAUAAGCUAUCAGUUACAGUGACACUUUGAGGCAUUUAAUAUCAAAUGUUGUACAAACUCUACUUCUCAUACUUUCCAUACUGCUACAUACUACAUGUUGAAAAUCUGUGGGAAAGAGUUGAUGUUUACAAAUACUGAUUGGAUUGAAAAAAGCUGAUGAAACAGGAGAAUUAUUUAUCUGUUGUAUAAUAUUGAAUGAUGCUACAUGAAGGAAUUAUGAAGAAGAAUUAAAUACGUGUAACUAGAUUUUCCAAUUGCAGGGCAAAUUGGUGUGUUGAUCUGACUGUAAAUUUGUGUCAUUUCAAUUUCUCUUGAGAUACUGUGUUUCAGAUGUGCUCCUUCUUGCCAUCCCUGUGCCACCUUUUAAGAAUAUAGAAUAACCCACAACUUAAGCUUGGUACCUGGGACUUUGCAAUGAAGAGGUCAUUUUAUUCUCCAGAACUUGAUUUUAGCAUUAAUAUAGUUGAUUCAAAGACCAGAAAUCCUUUUUUGCUGCCUUCAACUAAAUGCUAGAGUGAAAUAGUGUUAAUCUAUUGGAUCAAAGAGGGCUGAAAAUAUCGAAUAUAAAAAGUAGCAGCUAUUCUGGGACCAUGGGACCAGGAGCCAGUUAAUCAUCACACAUCAUCCAAACGUAACAUCUUGUUGCACUACAGUGUUGGACUACAGCCCCGAUGUAACUUUAUUGCACAGGACUGAGAUGCUGCCUGUUUUUAAGUUUUAAAAACAACAUCGUUAUUGUAAAGUUUCUGUCUAAACUUGUACCCUGCUGUUUGUAUGUAUUCUUUUAACCAUACUUAUUAAUUGGUAUUCACAAUAAAACCAGGCCAAAUGUACAGAAUAAUA